CGUCAUCCCUCAGCAGGCGCCUGUGCGCAUGCCCAGCUGACGGUCCUGCUCGCUCUCUCUCCCCGGGCCGGCGUAGCCUCGCUUUCAUUCUCCGGGAAUCCACGGGCAGAUCGCCGUUAGCCGGUCCGCCUCCGCACCGCUCACACCUCACGGCGCACAGACCUGCUCCAGCCCAGGGUAGCCUCCACAGCCCCCGGGAAGCGCCCAUAGCCCCGGGAAGCGCCCUCAGCCGGUCCUUGCAGCCUCCGCGUCGUACCGUACUUCUGUCGCCCGCCGUCCCGCGUUGAGCGCACUGGUGCCACCCUGACAUCGCCAUGGGACACGCCACGCUCACCUUCCUUCUCAUCUGCCUGUCUGCUCAAGCGUUCAGCAGACCGUCGCCCCUCGACCUCUCCUUGCCGGACGGGACGGGGUCAGACGACAACACCAACCAGGUGACCGCCUGUAUUGUGGAGCUGGUGACCUCCCACCUGAGGAAGGUCACCACACCUGCCGACCCAGAGUGUGAGAAGAUCAUCGCGAAAGAUGGCCGCAUCUUUGACCUGAUGAAAAAUGAGAAGCUGCUGAACCAGCUGAAGUCGCUAGGUGCCGUGGAGGAGGACCUGAUUCCUGAUGCCAACGAGGUGCUCAAAGCAGUGGAACAGGCAAAACAAGGUAAGAGUCAGCUGGAAAUGGUGGGGACCAUCCAAACGAUGCUGCGGCAGGUGGAGCAGGACCACAAGAUGCUCCAGAACCUCCUUCAGAACAUGGGCCGGCCAGAGCUGGCUGCCCGGGAUGAUGGGCAGGUGGACCUCAGGUCGAAUGAGGAAGAUGUUGAAGACAGAGACAGCGCUGAGGAUGAGUUUAUCGCAGGGAACGACGGAGACCCGCAGGAGGAGGAUGCCCCUGAGCAGACCCGACAGGACUUUCAGAUCUACGCCAAGUCAGACGAGGACGAUAAGAGAGGUGAUGAAGCAGAAGGCGGCAAUGGAGAUGAAGAGACUAGGUCAGACGAAGAUGACUCAGAGGAGGAGGAGAAAAGGGAUGAAGAAGAGCCAAGUGACGAAGAAGACGACCGUCGAGACGAUGGAGAAGACGAGGACGAUGAUGAUGAUGAAGAGGACGAACGAGGUGAAGAGGGGGGCAAUGAUGAGGAGGAAGAAGAGGAGAGUGAGGAGGAAUCACAGGAAGAGGACGCAGAAAAGCAAUCAGAGGUGAAACUAAGAGAUGAUGAUGGAGAAGAAGAUGAGGGGGAGAAGAGAGAGGACGACGAUGAUGAUGAUGACGAUAAGAGAGAUGAUGAUGGAGAAGAAGAUGAGGGGGAGAAGAGAGAGGACGAUGAUGACGAUGAUGACGAUAAGAGAGAUGAUGAUGGAGAAGAAGAUGAGGGGGAGAAGAGAGAGGACGACGACGAUGAUGAUGAUGACGAUAAGAGAGAUGAUGAUGGAGAAGAAGAUGAGGGGGAGAAGAGAGAGGACGACGAUGAUGAUGAUGACGAUAAGAGAGAUGAUGAUGGAGAAGAAGAUGAGGGGGAGAAGAGAGAGGACGACGAUGACGAUGAUGACGAUAAAAGAGAUGAUGAUGGAGACGAAGAUGAAGGGGAGAAGAGAGAGGACGACGACGACGAUGAUGACGAUGAUGGAGAGGAAGAUGAGGAGGAUGAAAAGAGAGAUGACGAUGGAGACGAAGAUGAAGGAGAGAAGAGAGACGAGGAAGAAGAAGCGGAUGAUGCAGAUGAUGCCGAAGAAGAGGAAGAGGAAGAGCGGAGAGGAGACAUGGAAGAUGUAGAAGAGCGGGGAGGGGAGGAGUCGCCUGAGGAGGAGGAGGAGCGCGGGAACGGUGCGCCAGACUACGAGUCAGCGGAGGGAAACAGCCAGAGUGACGAGGCCAGUGGAGACCAGAAAGCGAACGGUGAAGACAUCAACAACAUCGAGCGGAGAGGAGGAGGAGAAGAGGAGGACGAAUAUGAGGAAAAGAAAAAUGAGAGCAAUGAGAGCAAUGAAAGCAGUGAAGUCCACGCUGAUGGUAGUGGCGCCAACAAGGAUGACACUGUGGCGCAGCUGAACGCGCUGGUGGCUCAGCAGGAGCUGCAGGACAAGGCCCGGCGGCUGCAGGACGAGCUCAACAACGUCGCGCAGGCACCGCAGCGCCGCCGCGAGGAACGGCGGAAGUAAUCCACUCACUCUGCCCGAGGCACCCACGGCUGCUGACGGG